CCCGUCUUCUCUAGACUCCGCUUUGAUAUUUCCCGCCAUUGCAGCAGAACAGAAAAGCUUCCUCCGCACUCCUUUUCUCUUCCACUCCGCUCCUCCAUUUCCUAUGUCACCAGUUCGACGACUGUAAAAUCGCCGCUGAAAUUGUACCUGUUCUCGGCAUUGAUGGAAGCUCAACGCAAAAAUACAAUUAGGAGCAGCUCUAGAAGAAGGAAGCCGCUCUCUGAUCGCAGCAACACCCUUGUACCCGUCGGCUCCUCUGCAAGCUGUUCUUCCACUUCGUCUUCCUCUUACCUUCUCAAGAAACCCUUGAAAUCGUUUCCCUCCUCUUCGCAGCUUCUCCAUUCCCGCGACAAUCCGAAUCCCACUGAGACCCAUCUCGAUAAGGUUCCAUCCACGGCCGGAUCCACUACCAGCGCGGUUCUAGGACCCUCCACUUCCACGCCUGCUCGCCCACAGCGCAAUCAAUCCUCGACCGUCGGUGGCGAUGAUGUUUGGGAGCCGUCUCCGGUUUAUGUUCGGAGGAAGUCCGGAAGCAAAAGGAAGGACAAGGAGAAGGCAAUUGAUGUGCCGGCUAUAAAGAGUCAGUCUAGCAGGGACAAAGCAAAUGAAGAUGGAGGUGCUGGUCAGUCCAAAUCAUUGCUGGUACCUCAUAAAAAGAAGACGCGCCACACAACAGAUGUUCGUGAUGACAUUGAAGAUAAGAAUUUCAUUGAGCAACAGAGAGCAUACUUUGCUGAAAUUGAUGCUUUUGAACUGCUAGAGGAAGAGGUGACUUCAACCGAUGAGUUGGAAUGAGCGGAUGCAAGUAGAUAUGAGUAACUUCGUCCAUCUAAUUUCUUGUCAAGAUACUGUAAUGAUGUCGAGAGGUGUAUAUAGUUCCAGUUUUGUUACCACCUGAUCUGUAGAUGGCCUAAAUCCCUACCUACACGUUAUAGUCCAAUGCACAGAGAUGAAUGUAAUGGCUUGAGUAGUUGAGUAGACUAGAGAUUUGACUCUUAUAAUUUUCGUUAGUGGUAGCGGAGAAACAAUUAGUUAUCCAAAAUGAGGCGCAGUACCUUUGUGGACCAGCAACUUUUCAGACUACUG